CGCCCCCCAUCCAUUAUUAGCUUCCACUCUCGUCUUUAUUAAAGAUAUACCCGCCGAGAAGAAGGUGAUUUAUUGCAGCGGUUGUUUUUCCGGCCGGAGAUAUGGAGCUGAGACGGUUGUUGUUGGCCGCUCUGGCGGUCCUGAUUUCCUCCGUUGACCUUUGUGUCUAUGCUUGCUCGCCGGCGGACCUGGCUGCUCUGCUUGACGUCAAGGCGGCUCUGGACGAGCCGUACUUGGGGAUUCUGGACACGUGGAGCGGCACCGAUUGCUGCUCCGGCGCCUGGUACGGCGUCAGCUGCGACCCUGCCACGAAACGGGUGGCGGACCUCAGUCUCCGGGGAGAAUCGGAGGACAAGGUCUUUCAGAAGGCCGGCCGGUCCGGGUACAUGAAGGGCCGGAUUUCGCCCUCGGUCUGCAAGCUAGACCGCCUGAGCACACUGAUUCUGGCGGACUGGAAGGCCGUCUCCGGCGAGAUUCCGCCGUGCGUCGCCACGCUCCCCAACCUCCGCAUCCUCGACCUCGUCGGGAACCAAAUCACCGGCCCGAUUCCGUCCAACAUCGGGCAGCUGACCCGGCUCAUUGUUCUCAACCUCGCCGACAACCGAAUCUCCGGCAGCAUACCCCCUUCCAUCGUCAACCUGAGCAGCCUAAAACACCUAGAUCUCAGCGGCAACCAGCUCUCCGGCGAACUCCCCGAAAAUCUCGGGAACCUCCAGAUGCUAAGCCGCCUCCUUCUCAACAAAAACCAACUCACCGGUCCGAUCCCGGCCGGUUCAAUCGCAAAUCUCCGCCGCCUCGCAGAUCUAGAUCUAUCGAUGAACCAGAUCUCAGGCUCAAUCCCGGCUCAGCUGGGAUCGAUGGCGGUUCUCUCCACCUUGAAUCUCGAUAGCAACCGCCUCUCCGGCGGGAUACCCGCCGAUCUGCUCGGCAGCUCGGGAUUAAACAUCCUGAAUCUGAGCAGGAACUCGCUGGAAGGAGAGUUGCCGGACGUUUUCGGAUCGAGGACGUAUUUCACGGCUCUGGAUCUGUCCCACAACAACCUGAGAGGCAGAGUGCCGAGAUCAUUGUCGUCGGCGAAGUACAUCGGGCACUUGGAUCUGAGCAACAACCAUCUCUGCGGCACGAUUCCGACGGGAUCGCCGUUCGACCACCUCGAGGCGUCUUCUUUCUCCAACAACGAUUGCUUGUGCGGAUCGCCAUUACGUACUUGUUAAUUACUUACUGCAGCCAUUGCAUAUUUUAAGAAAAGGAUUAUCCUCUC